UCGAGAAGCGCAGGCAGGGCAGCUUCCUCACUCAGUGUGCGUCCACACCUGUUCCCCCCUCGUAUGGAUCCGUCUGCGGGGCGGCGAUCGUCGAGCGAGACGAGACGGGCGCUUCUUUACGGCGCCGCGCCCGACAGGUAAGGUUCGUCGUCUGUCGCGAUGAAUUCCAGGCUGCCUGUUUUCGGCGGGCGGAUCAGCAACGCGGGCUCGCCCGAGCUGUCCAAGGAGAAGACGAAGGCUGACGCGGUCUGUGACGUUCGCUUCCUGGAUGGCACCGCUCGCAGCUUCAAGAUCAGCAAGCAGGAUGACGGUCACUCGCUGCUGGAUGCGGCCUUUAACCACGUGGGUCUGCCGGAGAGAGAGCUCUUCGGCCUGCAGCUCGCCGAGGAGCCGGCGGACUCCGCCGUAAGCCUGUCGCCUGCCAGGCCUCUCGGCGUUUCGGCGAGGUGGCUUGAUCCCCACAAAGCCGUCAAGAAGCAGUUUAAGGGGAGCGCCCCGUGGCUCCUGAACUUCAGGGUGCGGUUCUUCAUUGCCGACCCCAACUCCCUGCAGCAGGAAAAGACACGGCACUUGUAUUUCCUACAGAUAAGGAGCGAUAUACAAAGUGGACGGUUGAGCUGCCCCCUCAGUUCUGCUGUAGUCCUCGCCUCCUACGCCGUCCAGUCUGAACUUGGGGAUCACUGCCCCUCGGAGCAUCCGCCGGGGUACCUCUCCGCGUCGCGCUUCCUCCCCGCUCAGGAUGAAGACUUCCUAUUCAAAGUGGAGUCUCUACACCCACAGCACAGGGGCCUCAAGCAGUCCGAGGCGGAGCUCUGUUAUCUGAACAUCGCGCGGACUCUUGAUUUCUACGGCGUCGAGCUGCACUCUGCCAGGGAUUCGAGCAACGCGGACCUGUUGAUAGGCAUCGCCUCCAGCGGCCUCGCAGUCUUCCGCAACAUGCUGUGUUCCAGCUUCUUCUCCUGGGUCAGCAUCAUCAAGAUCUCCUUCAAAAGGAAAAAAUUCUUCAUACAUUUGAAAGAGAAACAUAGAGAGUGCCGGGACUGCACCAUCUCCUUCACCAUGCUCAACUACAGGGCCUGCAAGAACUUGUGGAGGUCCUGCGUGGAGCACCAUACCUUCUUCCAGGCUGACACCUCUCUACCACGAGACAAGAAGGUCCUACUGCAACACUGGACCCUCAAAUCUAAAACCCCUGCAAAGACCUUGAACAGCCAGAUCAUGCGAAGGGUCAUGGGUGGCAUGGCAUGGAAGACAGUGCUUAGGAGGUCACUGUCAGGAGAGCACCUAGAGACCAAGAGUCUUCCGUCCCGCUCGCCGCCAACCACACCCAGCUGGAGGAGCCCCCGCCUGAGGCACAAUAUCCGCAAGCCCCGUCCCUCAUCCAUGGACAACCUGGCCAGUGAGAUGAGUUAUAUCACGGAGAGUGAGGAUGUCUUCUACACUUACCGGCGCUCCAUAGCUGGGAGUGGAAGUGACAGUGAUGCUGCAGGAGACCUUACUGCCACUCAGAUGAAUUGCCCUGAAGGCCAUCACGAAAAAGAUGUGUCACCUGACAUCCAGCAUACCAUCAACUUGUCUGAGCCAAGCAGUUGGGACCCAACAAAGCCCAUACAGCCAGUACAGGUGUCACACAUCCCGAGUGAACUCGAUUACCAGCUCCCGGAGAAUGAACCUUCCCCAAAGGAAAAGAAGUCUGACCGGGAUUCAUAUUACUUUGACAGGAAUGAGGAGGUGGAAGGGGACCUGUUGCUUGUGCGAAUAGCCCCUGACAAGGAUGGCAAGUUUGGGUUCAAUGUAAAAGGUGGUGUUGACCAAAAGAUGCCUCUGGUGAUAUCACAUGUGAGCCCAGACUCCCCGGCUGGAAAGUGCAACCCCCAGCUGAAGGAAGGAGACCACAUUGUGUUGAUCAAUGGACGGGACAUAUCUGAGCACACCCAUGACCAGGUGGUGAUGUUCAUUAAAGCAAGCCGUGAGUCCCACACGAAGGAACUUGCUCUGCUGAUCCGACGCAAAGGAGUUUGUUUGCGAGUAGAGCCUCAAGAUAAAUGCAACAGUGGCUUCACGCUGCCGGGAGACACCCUCCUUCUAGAAAGUGAACAAUAUGGCGGGAGCCUGGAGACCUCUAUGGCACAUCUGAAGAGGGGCCUCCAAACUGGAACUCUUCUCAUUCAGUUCGAGCAACUCUACAGGAAAAAACCUGGGAUGUCCAUGCAUACUGCAAGAUUGUCUCAGAAUAUGGAAAAGAAUAGAUACAAAGAUGUAUUGCCAUAUGAUGCCACCAGAGUGGUGUUGGAAAAUAACGACGAUGAUUACCUUAAUGCCAGUCACGUUAAGAUGGAGGUACCUGCUGCUGAAGUAGCAAACCACUACUUGGCAAGUCAGGGGCCCCUGCCUCACACCUGCAGCCACUUCUGGCAGGCUGUCUGGGAGCAGCAAGUGCACAUCAUCAUCAUGCUCACCACCCUGACGGAGCGGGGCCGGCCCAAAUGCCACCAGUACUGGCCAGACCCCCCGGAGCUGCUCAAGUACGGCACUCUGCAGGUGCGCUGCCACUCAGAAGAGUGCAACCUGGCGUACGUCUCUCGGGAACUCGUGCUAACCAACACUGAGACGGGGGAAGAGCGUGCAGUUAGCCAUCUGCAGUACGUGGCGUGGCCAGACCACGGUGUGCCUGAUGACCCCUCGGAUUUCUUGGACUUUGUGACCUGUGUGCAGCAGAAGCUGGUUGACGCCAAGCCUCUGAUGGUCCACUGCAGUGCUGGGAUUGGGCGAACUGGUGUAUUUAUCACCAUGGAAACCGCAAUGAAGCUAAUUGAGAAGGGCCAACCUGUGUACCCCCUGGAUCUUGUGAGGAGAUUGCGAGACCAGAGAGCCAUGAUGGUGCAGACAUCGAGCCAGUACCGCUUUGUGUGUGAAGCCAUCUUACGAGUGUACGAAGAAAGACAUGCUGGAUCUCCAGCUUCACCUCCACACACCUAGCCCCAAGAAGAUCACUGGGGAAACUUUUCUGGACGUUCAGACUCACGGAAACCGCGGCGGUCUCUCUGCAAACCUUUGAGGUAGUGUGCAGAAGUCAUCGGCCCGACUGCCACGCCUGCAGGCAGGCGACACGGCAUCGGGUUUAACCAUAUUGUAGGGGUUCAGCUGCACAGGAAGGACUCGAUGCAUAUGGUGACCAUAACAUAUACACUGGAACUUGUGCACUUUAUUGCAAGAUCGUUCUGUGUAUCUUAGUACAAGUCCUGUUUGAGGUCUCAUAUAUCAGGUGUUUGUGUAUGUGCUCUCACUACAUGUACUGCAUUACAACACAUAGUCAUCCCUUAUAAAUGGUAAAUGUAGAGAUGCCAUUCCAAAUAAAAUGUACAGUUCACUUAAGAAAUGCUGCUUUGUACAGGUUAACAUGUGGCAGGAAAGGGUGAAAGUUCAGAGCUUAUAAAAAGGACUGAGUGUUUUGAUAAUUCACAAAGUGCUGUAUUAUAAGUAGUUACCAAUCAUGUUCAUUCUUCAGUAGGUUUUGGGUUGUGAGUCUAGCUACCUGGGUUUAGAGCACAAUGUAAGACACUGUCCCACCAAGGUUCAUGGUGAUGACCCCUGGGACCACCCAAACUGCCAAUCAGGGAUUUACUAUGAGGGUGGUAAUUUUUUUUUUUUUUUUUGUUAGAGAAUCAAUAUCACUACCUCAGUCUUUUACUGUUUCGUAUCACCGGACUAAAGGUUUCCGUUGCGUUUAGCAUAUGUGUGUAUGUUUGGGACAACGGAAAGAGAAAAUGGUACAAGGCAGACUCACUGGUGGAAUUCUCCCAAGGUGGGUUAGUAGGCUAGUGCAGUCUGGGCAUCUCUGUGAAUAUACCACAAAUCUCCUGCUAUCUGAAAUCUUUCUUUGUGUUUCCUCCUUAAAACAGACAAAGAGGUGUAUAAUCCCAUGUGACAAAUCCCCUACAGGGAACUUUCUGGCAGUGACAUAUUGGCUGUAGUAGGUAAGAUUAGGCCUUGCUAGAACCCUGGUGGGAUUUUUGCUUGUUUAAGGUGAAACUUUCCACAGUUUUAAUGUCCAAAAAGAAACUGCGUAAUUCUUGCUAAACAAUUGAUCCAGCUGAUCAAGCCAUUGUGUUUAAUCACACCUUCAUUUGUGCAGUUCAUCCCAGACAAGGUCUGCCUACAAACUUUAAGGAUAUGUUCAUGUUACCCUAAUCAAUGAUAUUUGUACUAACAAAAAAAUUGACUGAUAUUUUAUCCAACAAUUUAAAAAAAAAACUGUGGUCCAGAAAUAGUGCAUUUGUGAUUUGCAAAAAAAAAAAAACAAACCUUUUCCUGACAUUCUGACAUGUAGCUGUUUGUUGUGGAGUAAAAGCGGGUGACACUGCUGAUGUCAUGGUUUGCAUUAUGUAACUCCAAAGUUAUGGAGCAGAUCAGAACAUCAGGCAGACCUGGGCUACCACACUGAUUCACUGUUGAUGAUACUGUAUGUCACUUUGCACAUCCUCCUCAGAGCACUGACAGGGUAAGGAGACAUGCAAGAAAGGUUAGCCAUUGAGGGUGAUGCUGCCUCUCCUAACAGAAAUGAGUUUUCUGUAGGCCUCGUCUCAGCUGAAUUCAGUCUAAUGUAAAACGUGCCGUUUUGUCACAUUUCUGAUUUAUUUGUGUAUUUCAGAUAAAAAGGGAAUUUCAAGUACAUCACACUGCAGUUAACCUUUU